AUGGAGUUCCUACUGGGAGGUCUCUCGUCCUGUUGCGCCGUCCUGUUCACGAAUCCGUUCGACGUUCUGAAGACACGCCAGCAGCUGGAAGGAGAACUACUGGCGAAGGGCAGUAUCAAACAGCACGCUUAUCGAGGCCUUUGGCAGUCGAUCGUAACGGUUGUCAAGUCGGAUGGACUGCGUGGAUUGCAGAAGGGACUGCCGGCAGCCGCUCUGUAUCAGCUUACGAUGAACAGCGUGCGCUUGGGGACCUAUCAGACGGUAGAUAACCUCGGUUGGACCCGCAGUGAGAAUGCCCUGCUGACGCCGUUCUUAUCAGUGUUUUGGGGUGGUUUUGCCGGGAUGAUCAGCUCGACUGUCUCCUGCCCUGUGUACGUCAUCAAGACGCAAAUGCAAGCCGUCAGUUGCGGGAGCUAUACGGCCAAGUUUCAACACAGACAUAGCGGAGUGGUCGCUGCAUUCAGGAAUAUGUAUCGUGAGGCCGGAAUCAAGGGGCUGUAUAGAGGCUACACAGCAAAUUUGGCGCGAGUAGCUAUGGGGUCGUCGACUCAGAUGGCAUCGUUUGCUGCCUGCAAAGAUUUCUUCAUUCAGUACGAGAUGUUCCAGGAGUCGGUGGUUUUGACGGCGAUAGCUGCAAGUUCAGUCGCCGGAUUCUUCACGUCUGUUCUCAUGUCUCCGUGCGAUGUGGUUACCACCCGGAUGACCAAUCAAGGCGUAUCGUCGACCGGGAAGGGCUUGCUGUACAAAAACAUCUUUGACUGUUUUGUGAAAAUCUACCGAGCGGAGGGCAUCCAUGGAAUGUACAAGGGAUUCAUUCCACUGUACGUGCGAGUGGCUCCGCAUACCGUUCUGAAUCUAACGUUUUGGGAGUUCUUCAAAAAGUUGCACGAUCAAUACUCAAGAGGCAGCGAGAAACUUCUCUAG